UGGGGUGGAGUGGGGAGAGCAAGAGCUGCAAGACAUUCGGGGAGGAGGCAGAAAUUUCGGGGAGCGUGAUGGAGGAGGGCCCUGGGGAGGGGCCCAAGUGACACGACCCUCGAGCGGGGGCGGGGCGGGGCAGCGCGCACGUGGUUUGCGGACUUCGCAGGAGCACCCGGCAGCUUCCUGCGGUCGGUGUCUAUUCACUCCCACGUGCACCACUGUCGGUUCAUUCAUGUAUUCGCAUACUCACGGAUUUAUGUAGUAUUCAUCCACUGAGACCUCUUGGCAUCGUGCCCUCUCCGCAGCCCUCUGCUCGUCCCCCGUCUUCUGAGGUUCCCUUCCUUCCCGAGGCCCCAGCUCCUGGUGUCCAACCGGACCCUGCCCCGCCCCAGCGACCCGCAGGUCUCCGCGCCGUGCAAUCUCAUUGGCUAAGCGUGGGCGGAAGCUCCCAUUUCUGUCUCUUCUAUUGGGCACGCUGCCUACGCGCUCAGAAGUUUCAACCAAUGGGAGUCGGUCAGGAGCUGCUGGCUCAGCCAAUGAGGAGGGCGAUAGGAUAAAGGCCCUAGUCCAGGCUUCCCAGGAUUUCCGUGGGCUCGGACACUUCCAAAGGGCUCAGGAAGGCGUCCUGUCGCCGUCUCUUCUCGGGAAACCCAAACGCUGCGAUGAAUUCGGGCGGUGUUCAGGCCGCAGCUGCAGCAGGCCACGUGGAGCUCAGCAUCCCGCCCGUGCGGCGCCUCACAAUUGAUGACUUUGAAAUCGGGCGUCCUCUGGGAAAGGGAAAAUUUGGGAAUGUGUACCUGGCUCGGCUCAAGGAAAGCCAUUUUAUCGUGGCCUUGAAAGUCCUCUUCAAGUCCCAGAUAGAAAAGGAAGGACUGGAGCACCAACUGCGCAGGGAAAUUGAAAUCCAGGCGCAUCUACAACACCCCAAUAUCCUACGCCUAUACAACUAUUUCCAUGAUGCACGCCGCGUGUACCUCAUUCUGGAAUAUGCUCCAAGAGGUGAGCUCUACAAGAAGCUGCAGAAGAGCCACACUUUAGAUGAACAGCACACAGCAACGAUAAUGGAGGAAUUGGCAGAUGCUCUGACCUACUGCCACGAGAAAAAGGUGAUUCACAGGGAUAUUAAGCCGGAGAACCUACUGCUGGGGUUCAGGGGUGAGGUGAAGAUUGCAGACUUCGGCUGGUCUGUGCACACCCCAUCUCUGAGGAGAAAGACAAUGUGUGGGACUCUGGACUACUUGCCCCCAGAAAUGAUUGAAAGGAGAAUAUACGAUGAGAAGGUUGAUCUGUGGUGCAUUGGAGUGCUGUGCUAUGAGCUGCUGGUGGGAAAUCCACCCUUUGAGAGCCCUUCCCAUAACGAGACCUACAGACGCAUCCUCAAGGUAGAUGUAAGGUUUCCCUCAUCAUUACCUUUGGGGGCCCAGGACUUGAUCUCCAGGCUUCUCAGAUACCAGCCUUCCGAGCGGCUGCCUUUGGCCCAGAUCCUAGAGCAUCCCUGGGUCCGGGCCCACUCUCACAGGGUGUUCCCUCCAUCUGUUCAGAUGGCUUCUUGAGCCCUGACUGCACCUGUUUUAUUGUGUUUGUCUGGGGAGCUCUCCUGGCUCUACUAUCUUAUCUGUCUUUUGUUUCUUCUAACAUGCAAGAUGCUAAUUAAUAAAAGCAGAAUCAUUUUGGUGCGUGACUGGGUGGAAUCUUUACUUCUUGUAGACACUCUUUCCCAAGACAGUGUCUCAAGAUGAUGUCCCUCCUGGCCCUCAGGGAUAGUGAUUCAACUACUCACCUUGAAAACUAGUUACUACUUUGUGCAGGUAACCACCCUCGUGGUGUACAACCUACCACCUACCACAUUUGCUUCUAGACUCCAUGUACUGUUCCCCAUGUUUUCAGUAGUAUGCCAUUUGUAAACCAGGACUCUGAUCAACCCAGAGGUCCACCCUCUUUAUACUGAUACCCAGCAUGCUACCAUCUCUGAGACAAAAUGUUUCAC